AUGGUUGUGGCGGAGCUUCUGCAAUGGAGGGCCCCUGUGCCCUUGAUCCUCUUAUGCGUCCUGGUGCUAUUCAACCCGCGGUUGAAUCAUGGCCAGGACCUGGAUUUUGCUGAAAUAUUUGCAGGGUCUGCUGAGGUCAGUGCCAAAUUGCGGCAGGACAGUCUUGCCUUUGCACAGGUUAGACAUUAUCAGUGUUACUUAUAA